CAAAACGACACACAAAAUGAUGUAUGUAAAGAAUAGGUCACAUACGGAACAGAAGCCAGGGUAGGAAGUUAACGUUUGAAAAAAUAGAAGGACGACUUCACACUUCUUCAUCAGGCGAACUAUAGGAAUACUUUAUAUGCGCCGUUAGCAAUUCUUUACAUUUUUCCAAAAUCAAAUUUAGGUCGUACAUCGCAAUGCAAGAACGCACUUCAUCUCGGUCUCAUUUUAUUCACUUCUUUGUCUAGCGACCAUGAUCACAAAUCCGGUCGAUAACUCAGAGUAUUGGCAUUCGACAUGUUAGAUUCUCAUUGAGAAUUAGAAAACGCGACACGAGUACCACAACUUGAGUAGUGUAUUAUACACCUCAAAAGUAUAAGUAUAUCGACCAGCACCAAUCAUGUCUGGCGCGGGUGGUAGCAGCUCAAGCAACCCCGCGGGAAGUGCGGGAGCAGGCGGCCCAGUCUGCAUGGAUGUAGAUUCGGGUCCAGCGCUCACCGGGCCGCGAUUCGAAGUGAAAAAGUGGAACGCCGUGGGCUUGUGGGCCUGGGACAUCAUCGUGGACAACUGUGCCAUCUGCAGGAAUCACAUAAUGGACCUCUGCAUCGAGUACUUAUACUAUGAUUUUACAAAUACAAGAGGAAGAAUGCUUUGAUUUGCAUGUUGGACGUGAUGGUUGCCCAUGAUGAACUUCUUCACUCUCUGUUAGUUUCUUUACUGUAGGUGUAGCUAGUCGUAGUCCUGGCGGAACACGUACGCAACAUCUUUCGAUGUUGGUAGCAAAGACUUGCUUGCUAUACCCUUUCAGGUGCCAAGCAAACCAGCACGCGAAUCCGGAGGAGUGCACGGUAGCGUGGGGUGUCUGCAACCACGCGUUUCAUCUGCACUGCAUCUCAAGGUGGCUGAAGACACGAAACGUGUGCCCGCUAGACAACGGAGAGUGGGAGUUCCAGAAGUAUGGACGGUGAAGCAGCCGCAUCAUCAAGUUCAAGCGGGAUGGUUGAUUUGCGGGAGCCGCAGACCGACACAAAGCACUUUCUCCUAAGCGACCAAGAAACGACCCCGCCCCACAGUUUUUUCUCCGACGACUUAUUACAAAGCGACACCCGCGACCAGCACAGGCACCCUGACCACCUUCCUGAUUUUUUCUCGCUGAACAUGUCGAAAUUCAAAUCGAACCGGAAUGACGAGAAGGCCUUCUUGAUGUGGGCCUCUAUUGAGAAUAUCGCGGAUGAUCGUGACUCUGGACGAUAAUGCUUGCUGUUGAUCGCAACUUUUUCUAGCUGCGUCUGGUUGCCUCCAUUAGGCAAAUGAACUUCAGAAGGAGCAGGGUGCUGAUCAUGAUGCCUUCAAGAGCUUACACGUUGUCGCUACGCCCCAACUACGAGGCACAACGAAAGCGAAACUCCUACUGAAGACUCUUUAUCGUUAUCCAGCGGGUGCUGCUCGUCAAUUUAUUUUUUUUGAAGAAGCUAACAAAUCAAAUGCAAGCGAGCCUGAGAAU